AUGGAGUUUCGCAAACUCGCAUAUCAAACAUUAUGGACAGAACCACAGAAAGCUGAGAGAAAUGGCUCGCGGGCGGUCGGAGCGCUUGUUUCUCCUCAUUGGUGCUGCGUCUUGGAUUUGUCUGUUGCGGAAAUGUCCGAAGAUAAGGGCGAGACCUUCGCUUUCCAAGCUGAGAUUGCUCAGCUCAUGAGCUUGAUCAUUAACACUUUCUAUAGCAACAAAGAGAUCUUCCUGCGCGAGCUGAUCUCUAACUCAUCUGAUGCUUUGGAUAAGAUCCGCUAUCAGGCUCUUACGGAGCCAGGAGAGCUCGACACAGGAAAGGAGCUCUACAUCAAGAUUAUUCCGAAUAAGGAGGAUAAAACUCUUACUAUUAUGGACACUGGUAUCGGAAUGACCAAGGCCGAUCUUGUAAAUAACCUGGGUACCAUUGCCAAAUCAGGAACGAAGGCGUUCAUGGAAGCUCUGCAGGCCGGUGCUGACAUCUCGAUGAUUGGGCAGUUUGGUGUCGGUUUCUAUUCUGCUUUCCUCGUAGCAGAUCGGGUAGUCGUUACAUCGAAGAACAAUGAUGACGAUUGCUACCAGUGGGAAUCCAGUGCCGGCGGUUCAUUCAUAGUUAGACCUGUUAACGACCCCGAGCUCACUCGUGGGACUAAGAUCACGAUGCACAUCAAGGAGGACCAGACUGAGGUUCUGGAGGAGCGUCGAAUCAAGGAGAUUGUCAAGAAGCACUCCCAGUUCAUCGGGUACCCUAUCAAACUUGUGGUCGAAAAGGAACGUGAGAAGGAAGUAGAGGAUGAUGAAGCAGAGGAAGGAAAGGAGGAGGCCAAAGAAGGCGAAGUUGAAAACGUCGGUGAGGACGAGGAUGCUGAUAAGAAGAAAAAGAAGACUAAGAAGAUCAAGGAAAAGUACCAUGAGGAUGAGGAGCUCAACAAAACCAAGCCGAUCUGGACUCGAAACCCCGACGACAUCUCUAACGAAGAGUACGCAGAAUUCUACAAGAGCCUGUCCAAUGACUGGGAAGAUCAUCUGGCUGUCAAACACUUCUCUGUCGAAGGGCAACUCGAAUUCCGUGCACUUUUGUUUGUACCUCAGCGUGCGCCAUUCGAUCUAUUCGAGAACAAGAAGAAUAAGAACUCUAUCAAAUUGUACGUUCGUCGUGUCUUCAUUAUGGAGAACUGUGAGGAGCUAAUGCCGGAGUAUCUGAACUUCAUCAAGGGUGUGGUUGAUUCUGAAGACCUCCCACUCAACAUCUCCCGUGAAAUGCUGCAGCAAAGUAAGAUUCUGAAGGUCAUCCGCAAGAAUCUCGUUAAGAAGUGUCUGGAACUCUUCGAGGAGAUUGCUGAAGAUAAGGACAACUUCAAGAAGUUCUACGAGCAGUUCGGGAAGAAUAUUAAACUUGGAAUCCACGAGGACUCUACCAAUCGCAAGAAGAUGGCCGACUUCCUCCGCUACUACUCAUCAUCGUCCACCGACGAGAUGACUUCACUCAAGGACUACGUCUCGCGCAUGAAGGAAAAUCAAACUCAGAUUUACUAUAUAACUGGUGAAUCGAAAGACGCAGUGGCUAACUCAGCAUUUGUUGAACGUGUCCGCAACCGAGGAUUCGAAGUUCUGUACAUGGUCGACCCAAUCGAUGAGUACUGUGUGCAGCAACUUAAGGAGUAUGACGGCAAAAAGUUGGUGUCUGUCACAAAGGAAGGUCUCGAGUUGCCAGAGAGCGAAGAUGAGAAGAAGAAGUUCGAAGAAGAUAAGGUGAAAUUCGAAAACCUCUGCAAGGUAAUCAAGGAUAUCCUGGAGAAGAAGGUUGAGAAGGUAGUGGUUUCCAACCGGCUCGUCCACUCGCCUUGCUGCAUCGUCACUUCUGAGUAUGGGUGGUCCGCGAACAUGGAACGUAUCAUGAAAGCUCAAGCUCUGCGAGAUUCAUCCACAAUGGGUUAUAUGGCUGCGAAGAAACACCUUGAAAUCAACCCUGAUCACGCCAUUAUGAAGACUUUGCGCGAACGGGUCGAGAUCGAUAAGAAUGAUAAGACUGUAAAGGAUCUCGUCAUUCUUCUCUUCGAAACCGCCCUACUCUCCUCCGGCUUCUCUCUCGAAGAGCCACAGUCUCACGCCUCGCGAAUCUACAGAAUGAUCAAGCUUGGUCUUGAUAUCGGAGAUGAUGAGGACGAAGAAAUGCCUGCUGCUUCCUGCGCUGCUGAGGUUCCUAAGGUUGCUGGCGCCGAAGAAGACGCAUCUCGUAUGGAGGAGACAUUUACGAUCCCCACUCUUGCUCUAUUAUUAUUAUUAUUAUUAUUAUUAUUAUUAUUAUUAUUAUUAUUAUUAUUAUUAUUAUUGUACUUAUUCCCUUCUUACGACCUUCCAGUAACUGGAAUUCUUUACGACUCAGGAAUGCAACGGCCAAGCACCGCGUCGCGUGUCUGUUUCCAUGCCAACUUCAAACACGUACUUAUUUGUCUUCAUCUCGCUAAGAAACCCUCCGUGGGAAGGGUGAAACCGGGAAGAGCUCGCUUCCGUGAUCGACAACCGGAACUCUACGAUUUCGCUGAGAUGCCGAGAAGGAAUCUCGUACGUGCCACCUCAACUCCGGGUACUUUGCACUCAAUGGGUUCAGUUGGACGCUUUUCUUUGAAAAAUGAUGAAAUUCAAAGAGCAUCGGUGAGAAAAUCGCACAUUGCUGAAACUGAGGCGAGGUGCACUCAAAGGACCGAAAACAUCGAGGCAUUACGUGAAAGAGUUCGUAAUUUCCUCCAACAUGCUGCGUAUCACAGAACUAACCGACGAAUCAAUUCCCUGCAAGGAGUUCAAGCCGUUGAUGAGACGAGAGACAUUUUUUCUCAUACGCUGGAAAAUCCCCGACCUGAUAUCAAUCUGCAAAAUGUGCUGCUUGGAAUUCUAUCAGAGGUGGAAGAAAAACUGAAAGAGGACGUUCAUCAACAUAUGGAAAUGUCACGGGAAUACAAUGACCGAAAACUGGAAGACCUCACUCGUCGUUUCGAGCAAUUCUUGCGACAGAGUGAAUAUAGUCAUCAGGAAGAGGUGCUCGAGCUCCAGGGCUGCGUUGAGUUUUUGCAGGACGAAUUGAAUGCCAGCAGAGUACAAAACGAACUUCUCGAGCAACAACUCGAGGACGCUAACAUGAAAUUGUUGGAGAAAUCCCAAGACAUGGGCAGUAUUCGAACUGAAAUCUCCAUUCUUCGUAAAGAGGUCCAGGAACUCAGAGCGUUCAGGGCGAAGCAUAGACGUGAAUUGCAGAAUGUUGAGAAGCUUCACAAAGAGCUAGAGGCUUUACGAUCGACUAAUAAAAUCACACUCGAAGAACUUGCUAAGGUAGAAGAGGAACGAAACGAGCUCCGCGAAGAAUUCGAGAAAAGUCUGCACAAAAUCAGACUUGCUAACCGCAGGCGAAACCAAACAAUGGACGAUGAAAUUGACGAAGUUAUCGAUGACCUCCUUUCGUGA